CAGAGCCGGCGGGCGCCGGACCCUCCGUCUUCUCGGCGGGAAAAUCUUGAGGAGAUAUUUUCUUUUUGAAAGAUUAAGAAAUUGGAGGAUGGUGGGGCAAAACGACUAAAUCCCAUUUUUCCUGUGAUUCUUUAGGCGGCAAACUAUCCAAAUCUGUGAAUAUAUCUCAGGGGCUGGCUUGGUGACGCAGCAGUUAAGUGCCCGCAUUCCGCCUUGGUAGCCCGGGGUUCAUCGGUUCAGAUCCCAGGUGCGGACAUGGCACCACUUGGCACACCAUGCUGUGGAUAAAUUCAUGAGAUAAGAAAAAAGGAUGGCAUCUAGAAGAAAUACCAGUUUCACUUUGAUUCCCAACCAGAAAUAUAGACGUAGUAAUCGUCGAUCCAGCUAUUUUUCCAACACCCAUGACUCAGAUUUUCAGCCUUUAUCAACACUUGGAAAUUUUAAAGCCUUGCCGUUGGAAAUAUUCCUAAUAAUCUUAAGAUAUUUGUCAGUGAAGGAUAUCAGCAUGCUAAGCAUGGUGUCCAAAGCAGUCAGCCAGCGUAUUAUUAAUUACAUCUCAACCUCAUCGGGAAGCAAAAGACUUUUACUACAAGACUUUCACAACCUUGAGCUGCCUGGCGGAAGACAAGACUCCACGAUAUUGGAACACUACAGAUCUCUAGGUCUACUGUUUAAAAGAUGUACGUUGCUGCUACCCACAAAGGAAAGACUAAAGUACAUUCACAAGAUACUUGCAGAAGUUUCCUGUUUUAAAUUCAAUGGCUGUGCAGCUCCUAUGCAAUGUUUAGGAUUACCAUGUUAUGGCAUGUUUUUACAGACUUUAACAGCAGGUUGGGAUGAACUUGAGUGCCAUCGUGUUUACAACUUCUUAUGUGAGCUGAGUAAUCUGUCCCGCAAGAUGCAGACUGUUGUCUGCAGCAAACCAGGAGGUGCCCGAAAACUGGAGUUAAGGAUCAGACUGUUCUGUAGGAACGUUCUGCUUGAUCACUGGACACAUCGAAGUGAUUCUGCCUUUUGGUUGACGCGUAUAUUAAAACCAUGGCCAAUGGUGAAUCAGGCAAGAUUACUGUAUAUCAUCUUUGGACCAAUAUCUCCUCAAGAUGGACAGGUGGUUUGGCAGAAAAUGAUAGAAGAUCCUACAGAUGAUUCCAGUCUGAAAGAUUUGGCCGAUGCUAUUAAACUAUUAUAUGACACAGGCACCAAAGAGUGGACAGCAGAUGAUGUUAUCAGUCUUGUAGAUGAACUAUCAGUGGUUCCCCGUGAGUGGCUUCUAGAGAAUAAUGCACGUCUCCUAAUCCUAAGUGGGAACAACAUCUGUUUCACUUUCAUGGCCAGUAAAGCUGUGAAUGGACGGGCCAUUGAACUGGCAAGGCUGAUGGUCUUUUUGGCUUUGGUCUGCGAGAAAGAACUAUACUGCAUGGAUUGGGCAGUGAAAAUGAUGCAAAAAGUCUGUAAUGUCUUUAGCACUCCAGUGGAAAGAAAUAACUUCCUUCAGAGUGUGGCAAAUGCAUUUGCAUGUGUUAUAAUGGAAAUGAUGCAGUCAAUUAUGUCUGGAGACCAUGAUGAAGACGACAGAAGCUUUUUGAAUCUGUUCCAACUUGUGCAUGCUCAGGCUAACUUCCAUAAGGAGGUCUUGUAUUUGACCAUGAAUCCUCUCUCUACCUAAAUACUCAGAGAGCCUUGCGUUUAGAGAAUACCUCACUGAACCAAUAAUUAAAAGAGUACUACUUUUUCACACUCAAAGAAUAGCAUUCAUGGGACGUUUUUUAUCAC